ACGAGCUGGGGAUGACGUCAGCCUUCUACAAGUACAUCCUCACCACCAUGGACUUCCCUCUGCUGCGGCUGGACGACGUGGUGGACGGACAGUCCAACAUCAUCGGCUUCUCCAUGCUGAACACCAGUCAUUCCUUCUACCUGGAGUUCAUCAGGAGCCUCAACCUGUCCUGGAGGGAAGGCUGCGAUAUCAGCCCGUACCCGGGACCGGCGCUGUCGUCGGCGCUGAUGUUCGACGCGGUUCACGUGGUGGUGAGCGCCGUGCGAGAGCUGAACCGCAGUCAGGAGAUCGGAGUGAAGCCGCUGAGCUGCACCUCCCCGCUGAUCUGGCAGCAUGGAACCAGCCUCAUGAACUACCUGAGAAUGGUGGAGUACGACGGUCUGACGGGUCACAUGAGUCAACAGCAAGGCCAGAGGACCAAUUAUACCCUGAAGAUCCUGGAGAAGUCGGAGGUCAGAUGGGGUCACCGCCAGAUUGGAACCUGGUACUCCAACACGCUGCUCAUGAACUCCACGUCUCUGGACCUCAACGCCUCAGAGACGCUGGCGAACAAGACGCUGAUCGUCACCACCAUCCUGGAAAACCCGUACGUGAUGCGGAAGUCGAACUACCAGGAGUUCCAUGGGAACGACCAGUACGAGGGUUUCUGUGUGGACAUGCUGCGGGAGCUGUCGGACAUCUUGAAGUUCUCCUUUAAGAUCAAGCUGGUGGACGACGGGCUGUACGGAGCGCCGGAGCCCAGCAGCUGGACGGGGAUGGUGGGAGAGCUGAUCAACAGGAAAGCAGACCUGGCCGUCGCCGGCUUCACCAUCACCUCGAGAGAGAAAGUGAUCGACUUCUCCAAACCCUUCAUGACUCUGGGGAGCAUCCUGUACCGCGUCCACCUGGGUCGUAAACCGGUUAUUUUCUCCUUCCUGGAUCCGUUCCCCGCUGUCUGGCUCUUCAUGCUGCUGGCGUACCUCGCCGUCAGCUGUGUCCUCUUCCUCGCCGCCAGACUCAGCCCGUACGAGUGGUACAACCCUCACCCGUGUCUGCGUGAGCCGGACGUCCUGGAGAACCAGUACACUCUGGGAACAGCCUGUGUGUCAACUUCACCGCCUCUCUUCUUUCAGAACUCGCGGUACCAGACGUACCAGCGGAUGUGGAACUACAUGUACUCCAAGCAGCCGAGCGUGUUCGUGAAGAGCACCGAGGAGGGCAUCGCCCGCGUCCUCAACUCCAAGUACGCCUUCCUGAUGGAGAGCACCAUGAACGAGUACUACCGCAGCCUCAACUGCAACCUCACGCAGAUCGGGGGGCUGCUGGACACCAAGGGAUACGGCAUCGGCAUGCCUCUGGGCUCCCCGUUCAGAGACGAGAUCACUCUGGGGAUCCUACAGCUGCAGGAGAACAACAGGCUGGAGAUCCUGAAGAGACGCUGGUGGGAGGGAGGACAGUGUCCCAAAGAGGAGGACCACCGGGCCAAAGGUCUCGGUAUGGAGAACAUCGGAGGGAUCUUUGUGGUCCUGAUCUGCGGCCUCAUCAUCGCCGUCUUCGUGGCCAUCAUGGAGUUUGUGUGGUCGACGCGCCGCACCGCAGAGACGGACGAGGUCUCUGUCUGUCAGGAGAUGCUCACAGAGUUCAGGAACGCCGUCUCCUGUAAGAAAAGUUCUCGUUCUCGUCGCCGCCGCCCUCUGAGCAGCGCCGGGGGCGGAGUCCUGCGCCACCCGUCCCGCCUGGCUCUGGCGGCGCCUCGUCCGAUCCGCCUGGUCCGCGACAUGCGCCUCAGCAAUGGUAAACUGUACAGCGGUGCCGGUCCUCUAACGGGGGGGCCACCGGGGCUGGGACUGGGAGGAGUCCCUGAUCUGGGCCCGGGGCCACAGAGGCUCUUGGAGGACCCGCUUGGCGCCAACGCCACCAACAAUCCAGCCCUGGUGGCUCCGCCCGCGCCGCCACGCAGCUUCCUGCAGGCCUGCAGCCACGUGAGGAUCUGUCAGGAGUGCCGGCGGAUCCAGAGCCUUCGACCCGCCACCCUCACCCCGCCUCCUCCUCCUCCUCCCUCCUCGUCCUCCUCCGCCUCUUCCUGCUCGAGGAUCCCUCCAUCCGCACCGGCGCCAGGUCACCAUCCACGCCACGACCCUCACCACCACCUCCACUACCACCUAGGCUCCAUGUCGCUGCCCCGCCUCCCGCCGCCGCCGCCUCCAAUCCCAGCAGACAGAGCCGACAGCGACGGAGGGGGAGGCGGAGGCGGAGGUGGAGGCGGAGGCGGAGGGGGAGGGGGAGGGGGAGGGGCGAGGAGUCCACGGCGGUGUAACGCCAAACCGCCACCGCCACCUCGGCCGGUCCCUCCUCCAAAGACACCAACACGCCCGCCCACAGACUUACUGGGGGGGCACGACUGUUAG